CCGAGGCCGGUCCCUCCUCCGCGUCGGCGGCCUCCGCAGCUUCUCCCGCCGGGCGAGCCUCCGAGCCGCCGCCGCCGCCGCCGCCGCCAUGGAGUCCAUCGAGGAGCUGGCGCUGGGCCCUUGCGCCGCCUCCGCGUACCUGCGGCCUUUCCGGCUGCGCUACCGCCAGAAUGGCGUUUCAAAGAUUUGGGACUUCAUGAGAUCACAUGACAGCGUGGCCAUUCUGAUCUUCAAUAUUUCUCGGCGGUGCUUUGUUGUGGUGAAGCAGUUCCGUCCAGCCGUCUACAUGUGCGAAAUGGAGCGGAACCAUCCUCAGGACUUCGAAGGCAAAACGCGGGAAGGCUGGUGUCCUCUACCGGAUGGCUUGCCGGCCUCUGUAGGAGUAACGUACGAACUCUGUGCCGGUAUUGUAGACAAGCCAGAGCUGUCUUUGGAAGAAAUUGCUUGCACAGAGAUAGCAGAAGAGUGUGGCUAUGAGGUGCCUGUGGACAGGCUGAGGAGAAUUACUUCAUACAGAUCUGGAGUUGGUGUGACAGGAUCAAAGCAGACAUUAUUCUAUGCUGAGGUAACUGAUGAGAUGAAAGUCAGUGAAGGAGGUGGCCGACCAGAAGAAGGCGAACUGAUCGAGGUGGUGAAUAUACCUCUGCAUGACUCCAUCAGUUUUGCAUUUGAUGAGACUUUCCCUAAAACAACUGGCCUCAUCUUAAGCUUCAUGUGGUUCCAGACCAACAUUGUUCCAAAGCUGCCAGGAAAACAAGAGUAGAUACUGGAGAGGGGAGAAAGAUUUGCAAUCUUCCUGGGUUUAUAUACUUCAGAGACCCACUUUAGGAAAUAUUCACAAAGAAAAGAAUGGAAAUUAAGAACCUGAAUCUUUUGGAAGGAUAUUGUUCUGUUGCCACCAUUUAAGGGGACUGCCCAAAUCACACACACAUCACAUCACAGCCCCCACCUCUGGGAAUGGGCUUGGAUGACCUUGAUUUUAUUCUCAUUGGAUGGAAGACAGCCCUGGAUGCCAUCAAAGCCGCCAAGUCUGGGAAUGCAGAAUGAGAUUACCCCGAGGUAGUAACAGCCUGGCAGGUAAUUCCAGUCCCAAGAGCUUUCCCUAACAGUUCUUUUUGCGUGGCCAGUAUGGAGAUUUUUCGUACAUUCCCUCCAAAAGAGAACUACCGAGUUCUCACCCCUUGCAGGCCCGUCAGUAGAAAUGCUUCCUCCUACAUUAGGAAGGAGCAAGACACUGACCCUCAGGUGAACUCUGCCCUGUCUCCAUAAAUGAACAAUCUGGUCGUGCCUUUUGAAGGGUAGGAGGCCAAAAAGGAGCAGAUGGGAGACAUUCCCUGGCCCAUAGUUUGGGAUUUCCCGAGUCAGAGUUUGGCUUCUGCGUAGCAGAUGCUGCUCUGUGCCCUCAGUUUCUCCCCUUGUUGCUGGCCCCUUCUCACGUCUUCAGGCUGUGGCGGCUUUCCUGUGACUCUUCUGUCCCAUCCACCUUGUUCUUAGAAUGUUCUUUGAAGUGACCAUGCCCCUUUCUGACGUAUUUGGGAGAAGCUCUGGCCUGACUUCCUCCCAGCCAAUUUUACUCCUGUCUACCAGCUCUUGUUGGUGGUAGACCAUACCAUGUGCUUGGCACACGGAAGUUCUUGGCAUCUCUAUCUGAAAAGCUCAGGGCUCAAUGGAGAAAUAAUUUGCUUGCCCUCAUCGAGUGCAUCAACACCAUGAGCCACCAAUAGCGUCCUGCACCAACACUGGCAUUCCUUGAAUCUGGAUGGAAAGGAGAAACGGACUUCAUUAGCUAACUGGAGGCACCAAAACCCCAAACGGUGCACAACAUCUCCCAGAGGUUUCAUGUAUAUAUUAAAUAGCAAGGGAGUUAGAACUUGGGAAACAUUCCUGCAUAAAUUAAAAACUACUUUAAAAUGA